AUUGUCAAACGAUACUUCUUUGGAAGUGUUCUUAUGGAUGAGGAAGGGCACAUCUGUAAUAGUGCACUCUGCCAAUCCAAAACUCUGGGUACAAGAACAGAACCAGUUUCAGGAAGCAUGGUUUCAGAUGCUGAUGAACAAAAGAACAUGGUUAAUGGCUUGUUUGAAGGCUGUCAGCAUGAAGCAACCUCUCUAAGGCCAGGUUUGGUCUCCCAGGCACAAGUUCAAAAGCAUGUUUUCUCUGCACAGCAGCAGCUGCACAAUAAAAUGCAGCUUAUCGCACUUGAUUGGGAUGUUUUUAUUCGCUGGCGUUGUAUAGGUGCAACCGAAGGGUUGACCUCUGAUACUUCAGUAGCUACGUACUUGAUAAACCAAGUUGAGGAAUACAAGUCUGCUCUGCAAGCCCGUGGUUGCUGUCUCGGGUGCAAAGGAGUUUUGCCGCAACACUGCUUCAAAUGCAGUCGUUUGCUGGACACCAUUAACACUACCUCAUUGCUUCAUUCAGGACAGUUCUUAACAAAGGUAAAUACCAAUUCUGUACAUAAAGAACUUGCUGUAGAAGUGAACAGCAUAAUAUAUAGCAAAGAGCAUUUAUCUGCUGGUUCUCUAAAUGGUUACAGAAAAGUCAGUAGGAUAGACAAGGCACGUCUAUCAAGCUCUUCUAAAAACUUGUCAGCAAAGACCAAGCCACAAACAGUCUUGAUAUACCCUGAUCAGACUAGAUCAAAAAAUGUGAAAGAUGCAGAUAGAUUUGAGGUAUUUGAUUAUCAGCAAAUCAAAAAUAGUCUUAAAGACAAAUCAGAAAGAAUUCAGGAAUGCAGUCCCAAUCAAACUGUAAAGAAAAAUCCAAACCGAAGUAAGAAAAGGAAAUUCACAAGAAAGAAAGAAGGACCUGUGCGUGAGAAGAGACUGCUUGUGACUGCAGAUGAAAAAACUUUUAACAAAGACCUGAGUGAUAAUUGUUCAAGAAAGAAAUCUAUGGUGUCAGGUGUCAUCAAAGAGAGACAAAGGAAAACUUGGAUUUGCAAAGAAUGCAACACAGCCUUCUCUAACUCUACAAAUUUAAAGGACCAUACAAGAACACAUACUGGAGAAAAACCAUUCAAGUGCGAACACUGCUCAGCAACAUUCAGAUGCGCUGGUAACCUGAAAUCACACAUUCGUAAACACACUGGAGAACGACCCUUCAAAUGUGAAAUCUGUGGAAAGGCCUUUGCACGCAACACAACACUGACAACUCAUAUGCGCAUUCACACUAAUGACCGCCCAUAUAAGUGUGAUGUUUGUGAUGCAGCAUUUAGGCAGCAGGGUUUGCUUGUCAUUCAUAAACGAAAACACUCUGGUGACAAACCAUUUAGGUGUAAACUGUGUGCCGCAGCCUUCUUCUCCAGUGGUUCCCUCUCGGCCCACAUGACUUCACAUACAGGAUUCAAGCCUUUUCUUUGUGAUGAAUGUGGGUCAGCUUUCACACAGAAAGGAAUCUUGAAGGCACACAUGCUAACCCACACAGGCGAAAGAUCCUUUUCGUGUGAACAGUGUGGCAAAGCAUUUCACCGUAAGAAUGGUCUGCAGGCUCAUCAGAGAAUUCACUCUGGCAUCAAAAACUUAAGGUGUGCAGUCUGUGGAGCAGCCUUUCACAGUCCCUCAAAUUUCAGGCGGCAUAUGAGAAAGCACUCUGGAUACAAACCUCACAAGUGUACCAAGUGUGGUAAACAUUUUGCCUCCACAUCAGAAUUGAAAGUUCACACUAGGAUUCACACAGGUGAUAAGCCAUAUGUUUGCAGGGACUGUGGUAAGGGCUUCAUCACUGCUGGCAACAUGAAUAAGCACUGGAACAACAGGCACAAACCCAAACCACCUCAUCCAUUCGCCUUUUGUCAGGCACAGGAAUCCUGAUCUAGCAGAAGAGUGAACAGUGAUAUCUUGUUUAUAGUGUGCUGUCUGGUCUAAUUUAUCCAGUUUCUCACAGAUGGGCAGGGACAUCAGAACUUGCUCUCUUAUUACGGGUUUGUUUUCAUUUUUUACUCCUCUCUCCACCUCCUAGUGUUUCUUAUUCCUAAAGUGGUGAGGAGAUGUUUCACAUUUUAAGUUGAUGAAGAAUAACCAGGACUCUUUACUCAGCCACAGAGCAGACAUUUUCGAGUAUGUGUUCAACUAAAAAUAUGAAGAGUGAAUGUUUGAAGAAACUUUCUUAUCUUCGUUAGAGAGGAAAAUUACAUACCUUAAGCACACGGAUCUAUUCAGAUUUUUAUGUGAAUAACUGAAGUAUCAUUAACUGCAAUUUUUCUUGGAGUAAUAUUUAAUCAGGGGCUACUUCCUUUCCACUCCUUACCUGUAAUAGUGUAGUGAUGAGUUUUUCUAAAAGUGUUGAGGCUGUGCUGCAGCACUGUCCUUUUAUUGACUAUUACCUACAUAUAUAGUGGUACUAACAUCAGUAAAUGCUAAUUUAUUGACAGUGUCCUUCUAAUUCUCUAACAGCACUGCCAGUUUUUUCAGUCCUGUUGAUUGAUUAAUAUCACUGCUUUUUGCACUACUGUGCAAAUUUUUCAAGUCAGUUGAUCAGUUGCUAAUAUAACCCAGCUAAUAUCCACUGAAAUUACUUGUUGAAUUAGUCUAAACAUUUUCAGUUCUAGUUUAUGGCAGACUGAAGAAACAAUUAUGCAUGAGUAACAUUAAUGAAGAAUGCAUUUAAGGGCAUGUUUGCAAUUGGUUUUCACAGCAAAACAGCAUGAUGUGGACAGUUAAGAUCAUGAUUGUUUUAUCAUUUGCAUAGACAGCAAUGUUAGAAUUGCUCCAGUUGUGUCCAUUUUAUUGAGGGUUGUGUUUUUUAAGUUAAAUAAAUUUGACUUUUUUUUAAACCGUAAUAUUCAAGAAACUGAAUAAUAUAUAGCUUUAAUUAAGGCAAAACAUAAUACUCUAGUACAGCAUGAGAUGUAUAACGCUCAGCAAGCUGGUACAUGGUAUACAUGUGCAGUGGUAUGUUGAUGAUUUACAAAGCAUACUCGUGAAUAUACAUGCAUGUGUUUACGUGUGGGUAUGUACUUCUGUGUAUACAGACUACAUAAGAUUUAAGCAUCACCACUUCCAUAUUAGCUGAUCUGACCGGACUUUUAUUUUGUGCUUUAAGGGACCGUAAAGUACAAAAUGUUUGGAUUUUUUUUUAAAUUUUGGGUAAAGCUCAGGAUACUGUUUCCCCAAUAUCCCCCACCCCCUUCUAGAUACAUUCCAAUAAACAUCACCAUAUGCAGAAUGAGGUUAACAAUACAGGAUUGUUCAUGUAUAUGUUUGUUUGGAAGGCCUCAUCUGGGAUCAUUUGUUAAUGAGGAGCAUCUGUGUACAAACAUGACGUUAUGAUUUUGACUUCUAAGUGAUAUGAUCAUGGGGGUGUUUGUAGGUGGUGUGUAUGCAUACAUUCCUAUAUGUUUGUACUAAAAAGUGAUUUCCAUACUUUUGUUUUAUGAAUGCCAUUUGGCGGCCAGUUUGUUACUGUUGGGUUGUGAUUAUUAUAUAGUCUGACAUUGUUUUCAGCAUGGUUUCUAUAGAAUAAUGGAUUAUAUUCAAGCUCAAAGAGGAAAACUAUGAUAUACAUUUUAUAAUAAACGUGCAAGUUUUUGCUGUGAUGGUCUUCUGUUGAACACUGUUUGAUUACUAUGUACUGAACAGUUUCUGUUGCACUCAUACAUUAAACUCAUCAAUCUGUUUA